AUGUCGAAUAUUAGACCUAUCAGUCUUCUGACUUGUCUGUAUAAAAUUUUAGCAAAGUUAUUGGCUGAUAGACUCACGGGAGUCCUUAAUUUGAUCAUUUCAGGAACACAAUCGGCCCUCAUUAAAGGGAGAAUUAUCACAUAUGGAGUCUUAAUUGCACAAGAAUAUGUUCAUUCGAGAAAGUUGGAAAGAAAGUCACGAGCAUUGCUUAAAUUAGAUAUGGAAAAGGCUUACGACCGGGUCAAUUGGGAUGUUUUGCUGGAGGCAUUGAGAUGUAUGGUAUUUUGGGGGAAAAUGGAGAAGGUGGAUAAAAUGGUGCAUUUCUUCGGCGCAUUUUCAGUGAUGGUUAAUGGAAACCCGAAAGGCUUUUUUAAGGUCUCAAGGGGAUUGAGGCAAGGAGACCUGCUUUCUCCAUUCUUGUUUACAAUUGUUGCUGAAGUUAUGAGUUUGAUGAUAAGGAAUGUAGAAGAGAGGGGAAGAUUUUAUAGAUUUAAGGUAUCUGAAACAUCUCCUUUGACAAUGACUCAUCUGCAAUAUGCAGCUGAUACUUCGAUGUUUUGUGAUGCAGAGGUGGAUCAGAUAAUUAAUAUCAGAAGGUUUCUGUACUAUUGUGAAGUGGUGCUCGGCUUCAAAGUCAAUUUUGAGAAAACAUCCUUGGUGGGGGUAGAGUGUUCAGAUGUAAUGCUAAAGCGAUUGGCUUUUCACUUGGGAUGUAGAGUAGAGAAGUUUCCACUUAGUUGUCUUGGCAUGCCAAUCUUGGAUGACAAAAAGCCCAAGUCGUUGUGGGAUCCGGUUUUAAAAAGAGUAAACACAAAACUAGACUCGUGGAAAGUCAAGCAUUUAUCCAUUGGGGGGAGAGCAAUUCUAAUUCAGUCAUCAAUGACGAAUUUACCGGUAGACAAAAUGUCUUAUUUAGUAAUGUCAAGUUCAGUGUCCAAAAAGAUUGAAUAG